AUGACGGCCUCCAGUGUAACCGCCCGCGUACUGUCCCUCGCGGUGCUCAUUCUAAGCAUUGCGCCGCUUGGAUCGCUCUACGUCUUGUUAUGUUCUUUGGCGACGGGAACGUUUCCGCACUACCAGCUUGCAUACCAGCCUUCGUCGUCGUCGACCGGUGCUAGCACCGGUAUCGAAGAAAUUCGAUUGGUCAAGAUUUUGCAAGAUCCAAACGCGUCGAUGGAAGAUUUGUGGAACGCUCUCGUCAACGAACAAUGGACGGUUGCCCGUGCUGAAUUUCCGUUGCUCUUUCAUUAUUUACCCAUUCAUGAAAGAGCCGCCAAGCAUUUAAUUCUAGUCCUACCAUGGUUGAUUUGCAUCAUGCUGGGUGUGCUGGUGGGCUUGGGGGUCAUGUUGUACUGGAUUCUAGCACGGCAAAGUUGGCAUAGGGCACGGGAAGUACGUUGGCAUGCGGAACACAAUGUCCAACGGCGCAAAGCAAAGCUACAGAAACGACUUCAGGACUACACCAAAAAAUUAACGGUGGAGGAUAUAGUCGUCGACCAGGAUAAAGAUUACCUCGGCAAGCACAAAAUCGGCAACGGAUGUACUAGCUUAUGUUCGACAGCGACACGCCCUGGACAUGGCGACUACCGCUACAAGGGAGUGCUGCAAACGAUGUGA